ACAAGUAAAUAUCGGAAGAUGCUGGUGGCCUUCCCAUCAUUGCUAAUAUUUCAACAUUAUCUCCAAAAAAGGAUAUGGCUUUUAAUCACUUUUUUCCGCAAUGAUUUGUUAAAAGUGUAACAAGUGUUUAAACGAGUUAGUACUUAUCACCAUUGUGGGGGAAUAAAGAUAAACUAGUGAAUAAAAUCGCUUUCACAUGAUACAGAGUUUUAUAAGAGUGCCGCGAUAUCGCAGUGUGCUGACGCCUCCCCCCCCCCCCCCCUCUCUCUCUCCCUCUCUCUCUCUCUGAGAAUACUUAGGAAUAGUGCGAGCAAUUACAAAUAGUGCUGUCACAUUGUUUUAAAUUCCUGUUGGAAAUUAUACAUUUGGCCGAAAAGAGAAUCAGAACAUCGAUUUUACGAGUCCGUAAGAUUCCAAUACUACGUGGCAGGCUUACUAAUAAUAGUCAAUAGAAUUUCAUUAAUUUUUGAAUUUUUAUUUACGCUUCUUAUCUUUGAUUUUUAUCACGAGCAGGAAUUCUUCAACUAAGAAGAGGAAACUUUUUAUUCGAGCUUGGCUGAUUUAUAUGCAGAUCAAUAUCUAAGCAACACGUUCGACUACCACAGGAGUACGUUACCAAGAAAAUACCUUGGAGUGUGCACGCAUUAAGUUUCAACCGAACGAGCGCUUCUAGGAGCCGCAGUGGCAUGGAUCUCGUGAACCUGACUGUCCGCUCUCUCAAAUUGGGAGACGUGAAACCAUCAAGGGAGAACUUCUUGCAGGUCGAGCGUGAUAGUAUCACAGAGAGAAACGAUAUUAUCGGAGAGCGAAAAUGCAGACUGAAGGAAAAGUCGCACGAUGAGCUCCGGAUAAUCAAUUUGGCCGAGGUUGCCUGGCACGACACUCCUGACGACUGCUGGCUCGUGAUCUACGAUUACGUAUACGAUUGCACAGAAUUCUUGAACAAUCACCCAGGCGGCCAGGAUAUUCUCCUAGAACACGCCGGACGAGAUGCUACCUUGGCGUUCAUUUCAACUGGUCACUCCGCCGUCGCUAAUGCAACCUUAGAAAGGUACAAAAUUGGUGAGCUUCCGCCGGAAGAGAGACUUUUUCGCACUCCCAACGGCCUGAAGAUCUCGGGAUUCUAAUCUGUUCAGAUUAUUGAAGGUUGUCAUCAUCAUCAUCGUGACGCACUUGGGAAAAUAUCAAAUUUUACAUGAAAAAUAGAAACCGGCAUAUUAAAUACUUUUAUUUAACUUUUUUCAAAAGUAUGCUUGCUGUAUAGAAGAUUCUACGGAAAUUGAUUAUAUUUGAAAUAUUGCCGUUGCUUCUAUAAACAUUUUCUUUUUCCUGAGUUAGUCUUCUUUUU